UGCUGUGCAUGCCAGGGAUGGACUGACCCUUUGGAAACUCGGGCACUGCCCAAGGGCCUGGGGUCAGUAGGGGGCCCCAUGAGAUGCCCCUGGUACCUGUUUCAUAGGCUUUUUUGAGUUUGGGAAAGGACUCAGGGGCCCAAUGAUCCCCUAUUGCCUGGGGGCCCCAUGAGUUGUCAGUCCACCCCUGUGCCCAAGUUUCCAAAUGGUUAGUCCGCCCCUGCCUAUGAUAUUAUUGCCUGUAUAACUCUUAUUAAAAUGCUUUAUAUGGA